GUUGCCAGUACCCAAUUCCAAAUUGUUCCAAAUUGAAGAGUGAGCGAAGAUGAUGAGAGCUGCAGUGCAUUACUCCCCCAAUGGUAAUCCCUCUGUCUCAUUUUUUGCUAUUUCUCGUCUCAAUGCUGUGAUUACUCAUUCUGCUUCGGCAAUUACACCCAGAGAUUAUUCUUCCUCCAUUUCGACAAAGGGGAAACCUUUGGUUCCUAAAGGGUUUGAGAACGUCAAGUGUUUAGAUGAUGCUCUGAGUCUGUUCCGUCAAAUGGUCGAAACAAAGCCUCUUCCCUCUCUCGUCUCCUUCUCGAGAUUGUUGAAGACUGUUAUAAAUAUGAAGCAUUACUCUGCUGUUGUUUCUCUUUUUGGAGAAAUGCAGAAAUUAGGAAUUCCAGCUGAUGUAUUCAUAUUAGGUACUGUGAUUGACAGUUGUUGCCUGAUGCAUCGUACUGAUCUUGGAUUUUCUGUAUUAGCCAUUCACUUGAAGAAAGGCAUUCCAUUUAAUGUUGUCAUCUUUAAUACCUUACUAAGGGGACUCUUUGCUGAAAAUAAGUUAAAAGAUGGAGUUAAUUUGUUCAAAAAGUUAGUCAGAGAGAAUAUCUGUGAGCCUAACAGAUUCAUGUAUGAAACAAUCAUGAAUGGGCUUUGCAAAAGGGGACAUACUGAUGAGAUCACCUACAAUGCGAUAAUGGAUGGAUAUUGUUUGUGUGGUCAAAUGGAUAGAGCAAGAUUUUUUUUUGAUUUCAUGGUAGAUAAGAGCAUUAAGCCUAGUAUUAUUAGCUAUAACAUUCUAAUAAAUGGAUAUUGUAGGAACAAAAAAGUGGACGAGGCCAUGCAAUUAUUUCUUGAAAUUUCUCAAAAGGGAUUGAAACCUAAUAUUUUUACUUGCAAUAUUGUCUUGCAUGGUCUUUUUGAACUUGGAAGAACUAGCUCUGCACAGAAAUUCUUUGUUGAGAUGCUAUCCGCGGGGCACAUACCGGAUUCGUACACUCAUUGCACUUUACUUAGUGGUUAUUUUAAGAAUGGACUUGUUGAAGAAGCUAUGUCACACUUUGAUAAGUUGGAGAGGAACAGAGAAGAUACAUAUAUUGAGAUUUACAAUGUUCUCAUUGAUGGAUUGUGCAAAAAUGGUAAGCUUGACAAAGCUCUUGCUAUUUUUGAGAAGCUUUCCUUAAUAGGUUUACAUCCUAACGUGAUAACAUACACUACAAUGAUUAAUGGAUUUUGCCGAGAAGGAUUGUUAGAUGAAGCUAAGGAUAUGCUAAGAAAAAUGGAGGACAAUGGUUGUUUGCCAAACAACGCAACUUAUAAUGUAAUUAUGCACGGAUUUCUCCAAAGUAACAAAAUUAGUGAAAUGAAGGCAUUUUUAAGGGAAAUGACGGUGAAGAGCUUCUCAUCUGAUGCAACUACAGUAGAGUUAUUAAUAGACAUUAUAGCGGAGGAUCCUUCUUUGCUUGACAUGAUACCCGAGUUUCACUUGGAAAAUAAGAAGUGAAUUUUUUUUUCACUUGGUUUAUUCGGCUAUGCUAUCAUGUUAUGCAAUUUCCUUUCACCUUUGCAAAAGAAAUCACAUCCUUUGGAAUUGCGGGAACUGAGAAAAUGACAAUUAGAACAUUGGUUGAGCUCUCCAGGCAAGCUCAUUGAGGGAGAUUUUGGUACUGGUCCCAGCUGUCCGUGAGGUGCAUCAGCUCAGAUUAGCUUAUUUAGAGACUCGAGGUUCCAGGUGAAAAAGAAGAAAGCCUGUCGUAAUUUCAUGAGCAUCAUGCUUUCUGAGUGCAAGAUCAAGAGACAUUUGCAAGCUCUCUCUUCACCCUUCAGUUGUGCUAUACCUGUUACAAGAGGAGAAUGGAACUUUAAAAUUGGCUGCAACAUAUCACUUUCUAUGCUUAUAGAUUGGGUAUUUUCUAUUCACAUAACUCUGGUUCGGGUAUCGGGCUGGAACUUUCGACUUCCGCGCUUUUAAAACCUGAUGUCUCAUGAUGCUUAUUUCACUCAGAAGAAUCUCCAGAAUAGGCGUGUAUAUUAGUGCAACAAGUGACACAUGUGGAAUAAGUAAAGAGGAAAAUGAUACAUUUGUUUGAGUUGGAUUGAUGCGUAGAUCUCCAAAGGACGUGUUCUGCUUCUAGGAGGGCUGCAAGUGCAAAAAGAGCUAGGGAUUUGUAAGACUAUAGCCACCCUGCAUUUUAUCAGUCUGUGGAAUGAAAGAAACCAAAUAUGUGAAGCAAAGUCUACGGUUGUACAAUUUUUGAAGUUCCAAGUGUUAACCUAGCCUCUGGUGUAUAUUAAAAUUUUAUGUACAUGAUUAUAGGGGUGUUCGUCGGUCGGUACAAUACUGUACUUAGACAUUUCGGUUUGGUAUUUUCAGUAUUCGAUUUCGUAAAAUGUUA